AUGGGCAAGAAAAAAGGAGGUAAUAAAAACAAACUGGCUAAGAUGUCCGAAGAGGAGCGGGCUCGUUACCUCCAGCAUCGGGCCGACAUGGAGGAAGAAGCUCGCCGCCGGAAGCAGCAACUGAUCGCAACGUUUAUGAAGAAUAAACUAAAGCGCGAGGACGCCUUCUCCCGGCUGAACCUGGCCAAGAUCAACCAGGAAUGGCGCUCGAUACUGCGCAACAUCAAGUGCAAAGAGUUGCGCAACGAGAUUGAACUGGUGGAGAAGAUGUGCAAGGAGUGCAUCGAGAACAAGAACGGCGUUAUCCGGCGGUUGCUGUGCGAUCUGGACGAGUCGGAGGAAAUCUACGCCACGAUGCUGCACGCGCACAUGGAGAAGAUACAGAAAAUCAUGAACAUUCACAACGAUCGAUUGCACUUCCAGACUAAGUUGUACGAAAUUGAGAAGAAGGAAAUUAUUGCAAACUAUGAUCAGGAGAUUGCUAACUAUAAGGGCAAGAAGUUUGGACUGCAGAAAGAGUUGGAGUGUGUUUUCUAUGGGUUGGCGGAGCGUUCGCGACUUGAACGGAAACAAGCGGAAGAAGAGCAUAUGGCGAAAAAGGAUGAACUGAAAAAUUCGAUGAUUCUAAAGCUGGAGAUGAUCACCAAGGAACGUGAACGACACAUGGAGAGGUUGUGGAAAGAGUUUCAGAAGGUGUUGAGCACGUACCUGCGCAAUACCGAGGAGUACCGCAACGAGUACAGCAAACUGCGGGAUCAGGAUUCUAGCGAUACGCAGAACAUCCAAAGCCAUUAUGUGGAGGUCGCUCGACUAAGCGAGCUGAUCGGUAAUCUGCGGCACAAGCUGGUUACCAUUCGGGAAGAGCACGAUUUCAACAUCAAGCAGCUGCAGAAAACCAAGGCCGAGCUGCAGGAGCGGGUUAGGAACAUUAAGCAGGAGAUGAAGAUUGGCCUCAAAAGGGAUGAAGACCGGUUGAAGCAGUUGGCCGUUUGUAGCAACGAAGCUUUGAAGUAUUUGCAGAAUUUACUAAAACGUGGAAAUGGUAUUCUUCAGAUUGCUAACUUUUGUAAAAAGUUCGAGACAGAGAACGAAAGCUUACUUCCGUUCGUUCAUAGCGCCGUAAAGAGGCAAAUGUUUGAAGUGGAUGAAGAUGAACUCAAGGAACCGGCAACUGAGUUUGAGAGUUUCAAAAAAGAUACUUUUGGUAUUGCAAAGAAGUUUGAAAACUUCUGGAUGAGAUUCAAUAAAGCUAGAAUUGAUUGCGCUUGUUUGCAGGAGGAAAAACAGCAAUUGCUGGAGGAGAACGAGUGCUUGAAGAAUCAAUUGAAGGAAUACUUAAUAACGGUAAACAUGAAUAACGGAGGGUCUUUAGAGUCCAAUGAAACACUACUGGCUCGGCGACCUAGUUCCAUGAAGGUUGAAAAAGUUAUUCAUAUUGAUUUGAAAAAUAAAUCCGCCAAAUCCGGUAAGAAUGGCCAACGCAGACCUGUCACGUGUAUCGAAGGAAACUUAAGCAAUGCCAUACGAAAUGGUAAGCUGCUGGAAAUUCGAACCAAAUCAACCGAGUUGUACUCACUAGUCCAACAGUCAACUUGA